AUGAGAGAAUGCAAUACGGCUACAACUCCAAUAGACCUAGACGUGAAGAUGGAUAAUUAUGAAACAAGCAAAAGAUGCAACAUAAAAGAUUAUCAAGAGCUCAUGGGGAGACUAAUGUUUUUGAGUGCCCACACACGACCAGAUAUUUCAUAUGCACUAAACUGCCUGUCACAAUUCAACACUGAUCCCAGAGAGAUGCACAUGACAGGAUUAAAACGAGUGCUGAGAUAUUUGAGAGGCACAAUUGAUUAUCAGCUAACAUUUGGAAAUAAGUGCUCCAGGAAUGAAAUCGUUUGUGAAACUGACGCGUCAUGGGAUAAAACAAGAGAUGCAAAAUCUUUUACAGGAGUAUUAAUCUAUAGAAAUAGUGAUUUGAUUUUUUGGAAAUGCAAAAAACAAACUGUCGUGGCAUUGUCAUCAACGGAAAGUGAGAUGGAAGCGAUGAUAGAAGGUGUGAAAGAAGUGAUAUGGACUGAUAGACUGUUGAAUGUGAUAGGAUUGGGAAAAGAAUUAAGAAAGGAAGUUAGGUGUAAUAGCUUGAAUGCAGUUAAGUUAGCGAAUGGGGGCAAUUUUAAAACUAAAUCCAAAUUGUUGAAUCGAAAAUGUUAUUUUAUUAAAGAAGCUGUAAAGAGAGAUAACAUGCAAGUAUUACAUGUUCCAAGUGAUCGGAUGAAGGCGGAUUGCUUGACUAAGGCUUUGAGCGGACCCAACUUGUUGAAGAAUGUUAAAGGUUUCAUGGAUGUUAAUAACAAAUAA